AUGGUCGAGAAGGUGAAGGCAACCUCCGACGCGCCAAAAGAUGCCCUCAAGAGGGAGAAGCCGCCAAAGCUUCUGCAGGAGAUAGCCAUAGCGCAGCUACCCAAGCAGAAGGUCCACAAGGCCUCUGUUGCAGCAAUGCGCCAGGUGCUUGAUGACCAGCUGGAAGAGAUGAACAGCAUCUUUAUCCUACAUGCACAGAAGAUCAAGCGCAUGUUAGACCUGCAGGAGCAGGCCGAAAAAAUGAGAGAGUUGGAGAUUCAGGAGCUGCGCAAUGAGUUGGUGGCGGUGAAAGGGCCGAAAAAGGCCAAUGGCACGUUGCAGAUGGAGAACUGCAAGAAGCUCUUGGUGGAGCGUGACACAGCUUGCCGCUUGGCGGAGGCUGAGAACUUUCAGCUGCGUGAGCAGCUUGCAGCGAUGCGUGCCGUUGGGAACCAAACCCUCAUCAUGAAGACCGGCUCCACUCCGGGGACCAUGGGAUCUGUGAUGGGAGCCGCGACUGGCCCUGCGAUGGGCGGCAACAGCCCGAUGAGUGGCCUCCCUACGACACCUCUCGCGACACCGCUUGCGACACCUGCCGUGGGCCUGCCGAAUUCGGGUGGCUCGAAGGGCCUGCCCCUGGGUGCGGCACCUGCGUCGCCGCCUCCCCCUGUGGUCUCAGUGUCGCACGUACCCCUCUCUUCACCAGAGAUGUUGCACCGACUGGAGCGAGCGCAGACCGUACUCGAGACCUGGGCAAACACACACCAUCCGCACCUGAAUGGCUCUGUCGUUCGGAGCCUUCGAGACGAGGAUGAUGACUCUUCUGACUCUGAUAUUGAGCUGCCAGGGGCCGUUCGACAUCGCCGUAGAGGCGAUAAGCAAGGGCCGGAGCAAUCCGAGAAUGAGGAGGAGGAAAAAUUAGAUCCCAAAGCCGAGUACUUGAAGGAAAGUCAGAAACAGAGGAAGAAGAAGAUGCUAAACAGCAAGCUCAGAGCGCUUGACAUGAAAACUCGCAUGCGAGAUGCGUUUGCUGAGCCUUCAUAUAUUGCGACGGAGCAUUAUCACACCACGGGCUUUGCUCAACUUCUGGCUCGUUCGCCGUGGUUCGAGCACACGGUCAUGGUUGUCAUCUUGCUCAACUCUGUUUGGAUCGGCAUCGAGUCAACCAUCAAUGAAAGCGCACUAUUGAUCAAUGCCGACCCUGGCAUCAUUGUCGUUGAAAACAUGCUGUGCCUGACCUUCACUGUUGAGAUUGUCAUCCGCUUCCUUGCUUUCAAGUCAAAGCUCCGCGCCCUGCGGGACUUCUGGUUUAUAUACGAUUUUUUUCUUGCCUUCUUCAUGAUUCUGGAGACUUGGGUAUUCUUCAUUAUUCUGACCGUGAGUGGUGGCGACAUGGUGCUGUUCGAUUCAUCGAUCAUGCGGAUGUUACGACUGCUUCGGCUGACCCGAGUUGCGCGAAUCGCCCGGAUGCUUCGUGUUAUGCCAGAGGUCAUGAUCCUGGUGCGUGCCAUUGGAGCUGCCCUGCGAUCAGUGAUCCUCACAGUGAUCUUGGGUCUCAUGAUAGUCUACAUCUUUGCUAUUGCUCUCUCGCAGAUUGCAGUUGACACGCCCGCCGGCGUCAGCUACUACAGCACGCUUCCGCAGGCGAUGUUCAGCCUGAUCUUUCAUGGCUGCUUCAAUAACGACCUGGCUUCUAUGGCUCGGCUGUCAUUCCAGGAUGAUAUCAUUGUUGGUGCUCUCUUUGCUGUCUUCAUACUCAUUGCCCCCUUGACCAUUAUGAACCUGCUCCUGGGUGUUUUAGUCGAGGUGGUGCGCGUCGUUGCAACUGCUGAACAGGAAGGCCGUGUCGUCCGGAACUUGAAAGAGGAACUUCACUGGGCCAAGCAAGCGCUUGGCACGGAGGGAGAUACCAUCACGCAGGAAGAGUUCAUCAUGUUGCUCCAGAAUGACCAGGCGAUCGGUGUCCUUCAGGACGUUGGCGUGGACCUCAUUGCCUUAGUCAAGGACCCAAACAUCAUCUUCGACGGGGAUCCUUACAUUCACUUCCAAGACUUUCUGAAUGAGAUGCUUCUUCUCCGUGGGUCGAACAAUGCGACAGUGAAGGAUCUAACGGUGUUGAAGAAUCAGCUGCUCCAGACCUUGCCACCUGUUCUCAAGCGCAAGCUCCGAUUGUAG